GUCGACAAACCCUACCAACACCACCAAUGAUAUGGACAAUGAGUUAAAUAAUAAUAAUAAUAAUAAUAAUAAUAAUAAUAAUAAUAAACUACAAGACAUAUCACUGGACACCACAUCAACAACACUGGAGUCGGCACCUGUAGCUAAAACUACUGUCACUAAUGGUGGCCGCUAUCCCCGUUCAAUCGCCUUCAUCAUAAGUAAUGAAUUUUGCGAACGCUUCUCCUACUACGGUGCCCGUGCCAUCCUGGUCCUAUACUUCAGGGAUCAGCUACACUACUCGGCCACCGAUGCCACUACCUACUAUCAUGUAUUUAUGAUGCUAUGCUAUUUUACCCCUGUGCUCGGUGCCAUAAUAGCCGACUCAUAUAUCGGUAAAUUCAAUACCAUUUUCUACCUGUCCAUACUCUACGCAUGCGGCAAUAUACUACUAUCGGUUGCUGCUGGCCUCAAAUCACUACCGGUAACCUGGAUAGGACUAGUAGCCAUUGCAUUGGGUACUGGAGGUAUUAAGCCGUGUGUAUCCGCAUUUGGUGGCGACCAGUUUGACGGCGAUAGUCAACAACAUCAUCUUCGGCGAUAUUUUUCGUUUUUCUAUAUCAGCAUCAAUGCCGGCAGUUUGAUAUCCUAUGCGGUAACACCUGUCCUCCGGGAGGAUGUCCAGUGUAUGGGCGAAGAUACCUGUUUCCCGCUAGCUUUCGGUGUCCCGGCCAUACUGAUGCUGGUAGCUCUGGCCUUGUUCAUUGUGGGCCGAUUUGUUACCGGCUAUCGUAUGGUACCGCCUAAACGACCCAAUAUCAUAGGCCAGGUAGUCAAAUGUGUUGGGCUGGCCCUAUGGCGUAAAUGUUUCCGAUCGGUAGCCAAACGUGAUCAUUGGCUGGACUAUGCCGACGACCGAUACGAUAGGCAAACAUUGGCCGAUAUUAAAGUACUAAUGCGUGUACUGUUCCUGUAUUUACCGCUGCCGUUACUAUGGGCACUAUUUGACCAGCAAGGUUCCCGCUGGACACUGAUGGCCAGUCAAAUGGACGGUUCUCUAGGUCAACUGUAUCGGCUGAAACCCGACCAAAUCGGUAUUGUCAAUCCAAUACUAAUCAUCCUAUUUAUACCCGUAUUUGAUUAUGCCGUCUACCCGCUACUGGCCAGAUGCCGACUACUGAGGAAACCCCUUCAGCGUAUAUUUGCCGGCGGUAUGGUUACCGCUUUGAGUUUUGUCGUAUGCGCCGUGUUUCAGUUGUCCAUCGAGCGGGAUCUGCCGCCACUAAUCCUGGACAACUCGGCCCACUUAACCCUAGUUAACGGUUUGCGGACACCCGUCCAAGUUGAUCACCCGCUGAUCGGACAGCUUCGGCUACCCGUCGAUGAACUGGUAGUCGUAGAAAAUGUCCGUUUAGAUCAGUUUAAUCUAAAUCUCCGAUUAAAUAUAACAUUUACCGAUCAAUCGGGUGCACCUCAAGUAUGUCGCAAACAUCUAACCGACAACAGGGACUGGUUUGUGGCCAUUGUGGACAGGCCAUUGUCAACGGGUAGCCUAUUUAUAUUGACUGAAAAUAUAUGUUCAAAACUAGAUACCGGUGCCGAUGGUACAGGUGGUGGUGUUAUUGAACCAUUGUAUGAGUUUGAUGUACUAACUAAACCGACUAAAGGCGGUGCUUACGGUGCAGUUGUCUUCAAUCUAGACAACUAUCCCAUACCACCUGAUCAUGUAUUUAAUCUACCGGUGUUUAAAUUCAAGACAACUGGUGGCAACGGUUUUGAACAGGUAGUUGAAGUACAGGUUACCGAUGUUGAUAUAGUCAAUACGUCCUCAACCACGGGUAGCGACACCAUAACUAACGGUUUGGCCGGUUAUACCCCGUAUAACGACAAGAAAGAGCUGGACUGUAGUUCAGAUGAUGGCUAUAAACUAGAGAUGACUGUCCAUUCAGAUGAUAAACCAUUGACACUACUAACUGAUAUGGCUAUCAAACAGGGCGGUAGUUAUGUAACGGUAGUAACCGGUAAUUAUGGACAGGGAGUCUAUACUACCCGAUCAUAUCCGGUAGUCCGUCAUAAUUCAAUGUCAAUGUUUUGGAUGAUAAUCCAAUAUUCAUUGAUAACUGUCGGGGAGAUUAUGUUUUCAAUUACCGGCAAUGAGUUUAGCUAUAAUCAGGCACCGGUAUCAAUGAAAGCCGUUAUUAUGGCCGCCUGGCUAUUGACCGUUGCUUUUGGUGACCUAAUUGUUGUGAUUAUAGCGUCGGCCAAAAUCUUUGACUACCAGUCCUAUGAGUUUUUCUUUUUUGCCGGUUUAAUGGUCGCCGAUAUGCUGGUGUUUGCUGUGAUGGCCUACUAUUAUGUCCCGAAUGAUCAUCAGCCGCAAAAAGCACCGGUAGUUUUAGAUAAUGGUGCCGCCAAUGAUGAUAUAGCAACCGAUAAGUAG